AUGCUUGGUGCGUCCACCUCCGCAGCUGGGACUGAUAAUGUCUCCAUGCUGCGUACCAUUAUUGCUACUGGCUGCUUCGUGUGGUUUGUCGUAGUCUGGUGUGUCUGCGCCAUUGGCUUCACACAACUAUUCCGCUACUACUGGAGAAGGCCACAGCCGGCAAUAUGCAUUACCCAGCUGGCUGCAGAGCAAGUUCCUCACGUCACCGUCAUACGCCCUGUCAAGGGUCUCGAUCCCCGCCUGUAUGAGUGCCUCUCCGCCAGUCUCCGCCAGACCUAUCCCAGAGGCAAGAUCAACACUGUCUUCUGUGUACCCGCACGGUCUGAUCCUGCGUUUCCUAUUCUCGAGCGACUGUGCAAAGAUUUCCCUGGCGCCAAUGUUGAGAUAUUGGUUGAAGAGGAGGAUCCACUGCUGCUCAAGGACCACAAUGCGCUGGGGCCCAACCCCAAAAUUCGGAAUAUGAGUCGCGCGUAUCGAGAGGCAGUAGGCGAUAUUGUGUGGAUAUUGGAUUGCAAUGUCUGGGUCGGCAAGGGUGUUUGUGGUAGGCUGGUGGACUUGCUCUGUGGCUUCAGCGAAGACAAAAACGGGAAGGGCACGACAAAAUAUAAGUUUGUGCACCAAACACCUGUUGCCAUAGACUUGGACUCACAGGAUCUCUCACUCGAAGACCGCACAGAGCUGCUAGGAGGUCGACCAGAAGAAAGCGGUGCAUCUGCGGCCAAGGCUCCCAGUGCACACGCAGAGGCACGCCAGAAUUCCAGCAGCACCAUCCAGAAACUCCUACAGCGGGGUGGAGGCCGUCUGGAUGAAGCUUUCUUGUCAUCCGCACAUGCCAAAUUCUACUUAGCCAUCAACACAGUCGCUGUAGCACCCUGCAUCAUUGGAAAAAGCAACAUGUUCAGGCGAUCGCAGCUCAACUACAUCACUUCUUCGAACCCGGAACGCGCACCGGGCAUCGAUUUUUUCUCCGACAAUAUCUGCGAAGAUCACCUGAUCGGCGAUGCACUAUGGAAACAGCCCCAAGCAUUUGAGGAACCCAGUUACAAGCCCGCAAAGGGUGAAAAGAAGGAAAAUUGGGGAAAGCACGCCAUGCUCUUUGGCGACUUUUGCUUUCAACCCAUUAGCCACACACCUGUCAUGGCCUAUCUUGACCGCCGCAUCCGAUGGCUGCGUGUGCGCAAGUUUACAGUCACAUUGGCCACAUUCGUCGAACCGGGCACGGAAAGUAUCCUCUGUGGAUUGUACGGCGCGUACGCCAUGACUACCCUGCCUUACUUUGCAAGUCUAGGCAUCAGUCCGACGUGGACUUCCUUCAUUGCCAUCUGGUUAGUCCAUAUGGCCAUGUGGUGUCUGGUCGAUUACAUCUUAUACCUCCUCCUGCACUCUGCAAAGACGGUCGAGCUAGACGCAGACACCCCGGAUUUCAUCCUACCCCAGCGCUCAUCCUCCACGUACCACCGCACUGAAGUUUCGCAGCCCCCGCUGGGCGACAAGACGCCAAAGGAUCCCAGCCUACUCGACGGCGCCAGGAGAAGCUUCUUGGAAUUCUUCUUCGCCUGGCUGUGCAGAGAGGUGGCUGCGCUUCCUGUCUGGGUCAUUGCGUUUUGGGGCGGUGUUACGGUCGAGUGGAGAGGUAGGAAGUUUUGGGUCGGUCUGGAUAUGAAGGUCCAUGAGAUAUUGCCCGAGGGGGGGAAAGAUGGCAGGGCAGAUGCUGCGAGGAAGAAAGGGAGAGUGGAGGGGAAGAAGGAUAAGAGUAGGUAG